AUGAUCACUCAACUUAUUCAUUCAGGCGCCAAUUCGAUACCACGGAGCAAAAGUAUGCAUGAUGCCAAAUAUGCAUCAAUAUUAACGCCGAUUGGUAAAAUUGGUAUAUCAGUUCUCAACUCAAAGCUGGAAUCUAUUUCAUGGCUCUCAGAAUCAUCUCCACUGAUAGAGCCUGAUGACCAAAGUACUAAAUAUAUUGCAUCUGAGCUUUCAAAUUAUUUUAUGAAUCCUAAUUAUAGAUUCAACGUUGACAUGAUGCUCGUAGGCACCCCAUUCCAGAAACGAGUUUGGGAAGCUUUAAUUAAUAUUCCUCCAGGACAGGUAAUGACCUAUGGAGAGCUCGCAAAACAACUUUCUACAAGUCCAAGAGCAGUUGGAGGUGCUUGCAAGGCAAAUCCUAUUCCAAUUAUUGUCCCAUGCCAUCGAGUUGUAGCUAUGAACAGCCUUGGAGGCUUCUUUGGUGAGCAAAGCGGUCAUAUGAUGGAUAUAAAAACCUGGCUGCUGAGGCAUGAAGGAGCUAAACUUUAA